AAUCAGGGUUCAAAUCGACUCCCCUUUAUCUCACCGAUUCAACAAGAAAGAAUCCCUCGAUCGGGGCGAAACAUGUCCAAGCCGGGGGAGAGAAACAAAUUGUACGAGGACCAUGGCAGAAAGCAGAGUUCAACGCUGGCCAACGGCACCGACGGUCACCCCGGAUCGGCGGAGAAGCGCAGUCACCACUGGAGAAGUUUCAAGUUGAUCGUCGAUCCGGCGCUCAAGAAGGGAUCCCACAAGCUGUUUCGCUACGAUGGGCACGCUUUCAACAUGCCCAACCCGGGGAUGCCGCCGGUGGACACCGUCCGAGACCCGAGGAUCGGUCGCCUGUGGACCAAAUACAAAGAAACGGAUCUCCCGGUGCCCAAGUUUAAGAUCGACGAGUAUUACAUUGGGCCCGUGCCGCCAAAGGAGGUGACUUUUGCCCGCUUGAACGACAACAUCCGCGAAGGCUUCCUGACGGACAUGUGCAAAAAGUUUGGCGACAUCGAGGAGGUGGAGAUCCUUUACAACCCCAAGAACAAGAAGCACCUGGGCAUCGCCAAGGUGGUCUUCGAGAGCGUCAAAGCCGCCAAGGUGGCCGUGCAGAUGCUGCACAACACGUCCGUGAUGGGAAACAUCAUCCACGUGGAGUUGGACCCCAAAGGUGAGAAUCGCCUUCGGUACUUCCAGCUCCUGAUGAACGGAAGCUACACGCCGCGGACGGUGCCCGUCGGCGGAGAGGAAGCGAGAGAAGUUUCCCCUCGUAGCCUGGCUGAAGCCUUACUGGCAUGCGAGCCCAUCCGCAGGUUGUCUGAGAGCAGCUUGUCGGCCAUUGCGGGGUCGGUGCCGCCCGGCAGCAGUUCAUCUACCACGCCGCUGUCCCUGGAGACGGGCUACUCCAGUUUGAGGCAGGACACCCCCCAGUCCCAGGGCACGCCGCGCCAAGCGGGCACCCCUUUCUCCCAAGACUCCACCUUCUCUAGUCGUCAGUCCACGCCCGCGUACCAGCCCGGCCGGGCGGAGAGUUCCGGUGGCUACAAGUCGCGGAGACAUGAGAGCAAGUUCCAAGAUGCGUACAAUCGCAGACCGGAGAGGCCUCAGUACCGCAGCAACAUGUACCGGAGUUCGACGUCCGAGCAAGCGACCUUUAAGCAGCACCACCUCACCCCGCCCGAACCUCCGCCUACGCCUCCCUCUUUCACCUACACGGCACCUCCCCCCGCUACGCCCAACUUCAAGUCGGCUUUCUCGCCCUACCAGGCCCCCUUGCCUCCCGCGUUCCCCCCGUCGGACGCCACGUUUCAUCACCCGUCGUCUCAAAGGGAGGACGAGUACCAGCGACCCCCUCAGCCGCCUCUGGCAGCACCCACUGACUUUUUGCCCUUGCCGAAAGAUAGACCGGAAACCCCUCCCAUCCCAGAGCCCCCGCCGGAACCGGGACCCCAGCCCAACACACCGCCUCCCCUGAUGCCCGAACACUGCCCGUCACCCGGCUCGCCCGCCGCCGAUCCCGAGCGCAAUAGCCUGGACUCGCGCAUCGAGAUGCUCCUCAAGGAGAAAAGGACUAAACUCCCCUUCCUGGCGGAGCGAGACUCGGACACUGAAGUGCGAAUGGAAGGAAGUCCCAUCUCCUCCUCAUCCUCGCAGCUUUCCCCCAUACCGCCGUACAUGGGCGGCGGUGCGCAAAACUCCCGACCCUGUAGCACGGGCUUGGAGGACAUCAGUCCUACGCCGCUGCCGGACUCGGACUCUGACGACGAGCACGUCCACGGAACCGCCUCGCUGGUCAAGAGGAUCGGCUCACCCCUCGACCACGAGAGCAAGAGCGAAGUCGGAGAAGAACACCCCCGAGGACACACGGAAACUGAAAAAAUGGAGGUGAGCCAUCAGUCGUCCGGAGAAGACAUGGAGAUCUCUGACGACGAGAUGCCCGGCACGCCGAUCACCGGCGGCGACUGUAGCAAAGGCAUCGUGGUCAACUCUGCCGUGUCCCCCAUCCAGACUCUCGCCCUCCCCCCGCCAGGCUUUUCCCACCUGGCCCACCAGGCGGGCUUCGCCAUGCCCCACCACCACCUCGCCGCCGUGCCGGGGCAUCCGCCUCAUCUGGCUGCCCAUCCUGCCGUGCACCCGCACCUGCUGCCCCACAUGGCUCACUACGCGCCGGGCAUGAUCCCGCUGGUCCAAGUGGAUCUGAUGAACUGUGUGCGGUGGGAACAGUGGAGCACGGUUCCCAUGUCCUUCCAGAUGCAGCAGCAGAUGCUGAGUCGUAUGGCUCAGACGGGGGGGCCUUAUCCUUAUCCUCAUUUCGUAGACAGCGCCGCCUCAGGCCCGUUUGGCGCACCGUACCAGCAUCUAUCCAUGGGCGCUGCGCACGCCAGCGGUGCGGGGGUGCCGGGGCAACAGUGGCAGCAUCCCAGCAUGCCCAAGUUCAACCCAAGCGUUCCCCCUCCGGGAUAUGAGACCAAAAAGGAGGACCCCCACAAGGCCACCAUCGAAGGAGUGCUGCAGGUCAUCGUCAAAGAACUGAAGGCCAUCAUGAAGAGGGACCUGAAUCGCAAAAUGGUGGAGGUGGUGGCUUUUAGGGCCUUUGACGACUGGUGGGAGAAGAAGGAACGCUCGGCAAAGGCAUCCUUAACCCCAAUCAAAGGUGCCGAGGGGAAGGAAGACGAGCGCCCUAAACCUAGAGAGACCAUCGGUUCAAGUCUAUUGGAGAACUGGAACAAAGGCGAGGGGCUGGGCUACGAGGGGAUGGGUCUCGGAAUCGGCCUGCGAGGAGCCAUCCGCUUGCCGUCCUUCAAGGUGAAAAGAAAGGACCCACCCGAGGCCAUCUCGGCGGGGGAGAACAAACGAGCGAGACCCGCCACUCCAGUGGACGAUGAGCUGGAAGAUGACGACCGCGAUCAAGACCCCGCGGAGGUCCCCUCUGACAACUCCAAAAUGGACGGCGACGGCAUUCCGCCCAAGCGGCGACACCCGCGGCCCCUCGACCUGGACAGCGAGGGCGAGGAGGAGGCGGACACUUCGGGCAAAGAGGAGUCGCUGGGUGACCGAGAGGAGGAACCCGCCGAAACGGCGCCCGUCGACAGGCUCUCGCCCAGCAAAGAUGCCGAUGAGGAAGCUGACAGAGAUUCGUCCAGCGAGAGCGCAUCCUCCGAUUCGUCCGACGAUGAGUCGGAAAGUUCCUCGUCGUCCAAGAGCAGCUCGGACUCGUCGUCGGCCACCUCCGAGUCCUCGGAGUACGAGUUGAGCUCGGAAGAGGACGUGUCCGAGGUGGAGGCCGAAGAGGAGGACGCGGGCAAAGCCAGCAAGACCUCCUCGUCUUCUUCCUCGUCUUCAUCUUCGUCCUCUGAUGAAGAGGGCGAGACGGACGCCAGGCCGCCCAGCCCUCCUGUCGCGGGCUCCGGCGCGGACGCUGCGGAGGAGCCUAGCGGGAAACCUCAACUCAGACCUCCGAGUCCCGAGGAGGAGCUGAUGGAGGAUGUGAAGGCGCCGUCGCCCAAAGCGCUGUCAGUCAAAGAGGAAGACGAAAGCCACAGCGGGAAGUCGGACCCUCGGGAGAACCUGCGGCCGGCCACGCCGACGGGCGCCCCGCCUUCCGACAGCGACCAGGAGAGCAAAGCCAAAGUAGAAGGUCGCUCCCUCCUCCGUCCGCCCUCGGACCUCCCUCAGCGGACGCGCCUUCCCACGGACGAGGACGUCCCCAGGACGCCCGGCCGAGACCUGAUGGAGCGAGCCCGGAGUCUGGGCAAGUCCCAGAGCACGGACACGGUGCCCAACACCCCAGGUAGUGACGCCCCUCUGACGGGGAGCAGCCUGAUGCUCAGCUCCCCGCACAUUCCCGGUAGUCCUUUCUCCUACCCUGCUCAGUCUCCUGUUCUUAGCGCCGGAGUCCCUCGCACUCCGGGGCGGGACUUAACCUUCACCCCUGUCUUCCCUGACCCCUCCGUACUUAAUCGCAAGAUCUCUUCCGAGAGCCUGGACGAUCGUCCUGUGUUUAAGGAGCCGCCCGUCGGCGCCUUACCUAACCCGCCCUCGUCAACAGGUACGGAGCAUCCGGCCGGCUCGGCCGGAGAUCUUUCCGCCGGCUUCCCCGAGGAGGAUUCUGAGGUAUCGGACGGGAUGCCAUCAAAGCGCAAAGCCGGACAAGCCAAAGGGAAGAAGAUCCCCAUCGUCUCCGAAUCUUCGGAGGCGUCGCCCGAAACGACUCCUUUGCGGAAUGUCGCCGUGCGCAAAAUCUCCGGCAGGUCCGCUGAUGGCCUGAGCCCCGAUUUCGGGGCAGGGGAGCCUCAGACGGCGCUGGCCCGAGCGGAAGACGGCUUCCUGUUCUACGAAGAGGACGCCCCCCUGGCCGUGAAGCCCGUGCGACGGCCGCGGCGAGGCUGGGAGGAGCUUCUGCUGGACGGCCUGUCCCCCGUCACCUCGCCGCCUCGCUCCUACUUCUCCAGACGGAGCGACUUUGAGGAGAUGACCAUCUUGUACGACAUCUGGGACGAGGGCAUAGACGAGGAGGACAUCCGCCUCCUGCAGGUCACGUACGACAAGAUGCUGCAGCAGGACAACGGCAACGACUGGCUCAACGACACGCUCUGGGUCAAUCACCCUCAAACCAACAUCCCGCGGGUCAAGAAGAGGCGGCGAGAUGACGGCAUGAGGGAUCACAUGACGGGAUGUGCCAGAAGCGAAGGCUACUACAAGAUUGACAAGAAGGACAAGAUCAAGUACCUGCAGAGCACACGGCUGCAGUCGGAGGAGCCGCCCAGUGACACGCAGGGUAUGAGUAUCCCCGCACAAGUGCACGCCUCCACCAGGGCGGGUUCAGAGCGCCGGUCCGAGCAGCGGCGCUUGUUGUCGUCCUUUGCGUGUGACAGCGACCUGUUGAAGUUCAACCAGCUCAAGUUCCGGAAGAAGAAGAUCCGAUUCUGCAAGUCGCACAUCCACGACUGGGGUCUGUUCGCUUUGGAGCCCAUCGCUGCCGACGAGAUGGUCAUCGAGUACGUGGGGCAAAACAUCAGACAGGUGAUCGCCGACAUGCGUGAGAAGCGCUAUGAGGAGGAGGGCAUCGGCAGCAGCUACAUGUUCCGCGUGGACCACGACACCAUCAUCGACGCCACCAAGUGCGGAAACUUUGCGCGCUUCAUCAACCACAGCUGCAACCCCAACUGUUACGCUAAAGUGAUCACGGUGGAGUCGCAGAAGAAGAUCGUCAUCUACUCUCGGCAGCCCAUCAACGUCAACGAGGAGAUCACGUACGACUACAAGUUCCCCAUCGAGGACGAGAAGAUCCCUUGCUUGUGCGGGGCCGAGAACUGCCGGGGGACGCUCAACUGAGGGGAAACCGCCAGCGUUGAUUGUUUACAAUUUAUGGUGCUGUUCCAUCCGUGUGACUUUUGUGUUUUCGGUCGGCUUCUUCUUCUCACGUUUUGCAAAAUGAAUUCCGCUGCUCACAAAAAAAGUUCACAACGACCUCUUCCAAGGCAUAACGAUCCUAGUUGGGAUCAGUAUGUGGAUUAACACUUUUCUUUUGUCACUUUUGUUUCCUAACAAACAAAUUCAAGCCGAGUUUUGAGUGGGCCUAAUUUCAAAAGGGCAGCCAAAAAUUUGUGUCAUGUUAGUUGAUGCGAGGACACACUUUUGGCAAAAUGCUUUAUCUGAGAGGGAUUUCCUCCUCUUCAAUCGUAUUUGUUUAAAAUACAGGUGCCCGGAAGAGCAUUAAUAAUUGUAAAAAGAAAUCAGAUCACAGAGAAACUGUUGUAAAAGAACCCCCGUCCCUAUUUGCUCAUAAUGUGUCAUUUUUUUUGUUGAUAGAUUUUUUUUUUUUUUUUUUUUUAACGUGGGACUUUCAGUGUUCACAGCACAAAACAAGAAUCCUGCAUAAAAUAACUUAACGGCUCAAGUUUAAGCUCCUGCACAUCAUUUGUAAUUCAUUUUACUCAUUUGAGGUGUCAGCAAGCUUCCAACAAUUUCGCCUGAGUGUUCAAAAGGUUCCGAAAAUAGCAAAAAAAAAGAAAAAACAACAUUGAAUGCACUUCGCUUUGCCAGGAAUAUGACGUCGCCUCAUUGGCUCGCUGUCUGGAGACUUGUUUUCUUUUUCUUGUAUACUUGUACAAAAAAAAAAAAAAUCUGCAACCUUUUUAUACAUCAUCACUGGGUCUCAAUUUUAAGAUGUUUUCUAGGGAAAAAAAAGACUGAAUAUUUAAAAAAAAAAAAAGUAUUAUCAGGGAUCUUUAAAAGGAAUGACAAGCUCAUUGUUUAGAAAAAGAAAAGGUCCACUGUGUACAGGAAGUCACCUUCCAUCUCCCCUUUUUGGAAAGAUUGUUUCUUGUGGAAACGUCUUCAUUCCUCUCGUUGCUCUCAAACGUGUAUAUAAGCUAACUGUGAAUAUGACAUAAAUAUAUAUAUUUUUUUGUCCCCCCGAGGAUUUGCUACACCAUCAGAGCUCCGAGAGCUGCGUAACGUAUGAUGCGAGCACUGAGCUUGUAGCACCACAUUUCAGCUUGUGUCAAGCUUUGGGUUUUGUUUUUUGUUUCAUUAAUUUUUUUUUUUUGUAAAUUCUAUUAGAAGUUGUUUUGUGGUGUGCGGAAAGAUGGGAAGGAAAAAAAAGUGCUGAAUUGGCAUAGGUUGAGGUCUGAACAAUCAGCCUCCUCCUCAUGUCUAUUUAUUACAUGACAAAUGUAUGAACGUUUGGAAAAAAAUGGAAAUAAAGCAAUUUUGCAUACAUCCAUAAA